GCCAAAGUGUACUAAAACUAAGAUUUUCUGAAGAAAUUAAAAUAUUACUUACUCCUGCCAUUUAUGCAAAGGUGUCGAAAUACAGUAGACAAUCUGCAAGCCAUUUUUAAAGCCUUUUUUUACAUUAAAAUAUUAGAAAAUGACUCUGCUGAUCACGCGAGACAUCAGUCUCCCUCCCGUCCCGACCCCCUACGAAAUCUAACCUCCUUAACUUACUAAAUAUCAUUCGCAAAUAAAAACACCAUCCUUAAAUUAUUGAUAUAACAUGUUUUAUUAACUGAAUAUCGUGUACAAAGAAUUAAGAAAACAUAUCGGAAUAUUUUCUACAAUUUUCGACGAAAAAGGGACUAAUUCGGUUUGUAAUUUGAAAUGUGUAUAUCAUCUGGCUCCCAAAAUAUUUUGUAUUCAAAAGUUUUCAAAAAAGGUAUAUUAUUAAAUGUAUAAAAAUACAAUUAACAGGGAGGUAAAAACAGUGGUUAAGGAUGACUUGGAAAUUGUGUCCACUUUUUUUGUUCGUUUUACUUCAAAUAAAUUUGAUAUAUGGAUUAACAAACUGUCUAAAUGACAAAAAUCAUUAUGAAUGCAAAUUAUCCACCAUGGUUCCCUACAGAAACAUAGCUAAUUAUGAAGAUUCACCAAUUAUUUAUCCUGGUUGUAUUGAAAAAAAAAUAUGGUUAUUCAUAAGACACGGUACACGAUUUCCUGAUAAAAAAUACGCUAUCCGUAUGAUAGAAGAAUUUCCAGAACUUCAAAAAUUGAUAUUAACCAACUUUGAUGCGAACAAAACUACCCUGGAAGCAUCUCAAGUUGCAAAACUUGCUAAGUGGAAGAUGCAUUUUGAAAAAGAUGAUUCCAAAAAUAUAGCAGAGGAAGGGGAAAAUGAAAUGAUUGACCUCGCUGAGAGAUUUCAAUCCAGAUUUCCCCAACUUUUAAAAAAAGACUACACCAAUAACACGUACAAAUUUAAAUACACAGCCACUCAACGAGCUGAAUAUAGUGCCAAAAAUUUUGUUUUGGGAUUAUUUGGAAAGAAAAAAAGUCUCCAAGUUUCGUAUGAGGUUCCUGAAUAUAGAGAUCCAGUUUUAAGAUUUUAUAAAAGAUGCAAACGAUGGAGGAAAAAAAUUGAGGACGAUCCCGAUCCGAAACAGCAACAGACAAAAUUUUUAGAGAGCGCAAUUGUAGAAAAUAUGUUGAAGGAGAUUUCAAAUCGAGUUGGUCUGGAAGUUGAUUUUAAGAAAGCUUAUUUGAUGUACAUCACAUGCGCUUAUGAAACUGCUUUUCAUGGAGAUUCUCCCUGGUGUGAUUUAUUUUCGAUUGAAGAUUUUGAGUUUAGAUCGAGUGAAGAAUAUUCCGUCGUGGCGUAUUUCACACAUUCUGGUGCUAUUUUGAAAUUAUUGUCAUUGAUAGGAGUUGCCAAAGACGAAAUUCCUCUCACGCACGAUUCGUUUCUUUUUCACAAAGCCAAUCGCGUUUGGCGAACGAGUUUUAUCGACGCUUUUGCGUCCAACGUUGCCUUCAUUUUAUACGAGUGUGAAUCGCAAGGACCUAGUGUACUGUUUAUGCAUCAGGAACGAAUUGUGAAUCUUCCAAAUUGCCCGGAAAAUACGCCGUGUCCGAUUUCGGUAAUGAAAGAUAUGUAUCCUGAUAAUCACGAAGAAUGCAAAUUCGACGAAAUGUGUUAUAAUUUAAAAAGAGAACUUUAGUCGACGUGAUUUUCUGUCAAAAAAAUUCAAAAUAAUAAAACUAAGAUUUCUAUUAUAAA